ACGUAAUUUAUUUUUUCAGGCCUUGUCGGGUUGGCUGUUUAUAUUGACCGGCAGUUAUGUCAGGCCGUGGGAAGCAAGGAGGCAAAGCUCGCGCGAAGGCUAAGACCCGGUCUUCCAGAGCCGGCUUGCAGUUCCCUGUGGGGCGUGUGCACCGUCUGCUCCGCAAGGGCAAUUACUCCGAGCGUGUUGGUGCUGGUGCUCCCGUGUACCUGGCAGCGGUGCUGGAGUACUUGACCGCCGAGAUUCUGGAGCUGGCGGGCAACGCUGCCCGCGACAACAAGAAGACUCGAAUUAUCCCGCGCCAUCUGCAGCUGGCCAUCCGCAACGACGAGGAGCUCAACAAACUGCUGGGCAAAGUCACCAUCGCGCAGGGCGGUGUCCUGCCCAACAUCCAGGCCGUGCUGCUGCCCAAGAAGACUGAGAGCCACCACAAAGCCAAGGGCAAGUAAAGCAUUCUAUACGUGUAUUUCCACACUGACGAGCAAGGAGGUAAUAAAAGGCUCUUUUCAGAGCCACCUACAGUUUCUGUUAAAAGAGCAGUCGCGCUGCGGACAUUAGUUCUUUUCUCAAAAAGGCUUUGCCACAGAUAAAACUAUUAACUUUCGGGAGCACAUUGCUAGGUCUUUUUUUCCCCAGUGGAAGUACUUGCUAGAACAUUGGGUGUGAGGUAGAAAAGCCAUAAACAAAGUUCAGCGUAAGAAGCUUCAGCCUUAAUGGGGGUGAGGGGCAGGCAAUUAGAUUUGUAGCCAAGCGGAAGGAGUAAACACAAAUCUGUAUUCCAGAAGUGCCUUACGGAAAGUUUUCCAGUAAAAAAGAAAUUUGCCAUCUCGGGAAAGGACAAGUAACAGCGAAAGCCUUUUGAUUUUUAACCGUUGCCCUCCAUUUCCUGAUAAAGAUUAAGGAACACGUUAUGCCCUACCUUAUGUUCAACAGUUUAUAAUACAUAAGGUAAAUUACACACCUUAACAUUUAGAUCAUAAAUUCUCUGUGUCUUCCGAAAUGGAGUUUUUUCCCUCACUGCACGUGAAGGUAGCAUACCCAAGAGAGUAAUUAUAUAUAUAGAUAGCUAUGCGUGUGAAUGGCCGGCGAAGUUUUUUUUUUUUUUUUUUAAAUAGGCCAUACGCAAAUCCCCCCAAUUUCAUACAAGAUAUCUUCGAGAGAUUGCUUUUUUAAAAAACAGUAUUCACUGGAGGAUUUCGUAGUCUUCGGAUUUCUACACUACUUCCCAAUUUUAAAGCUUUUGAAACGUGCAGUGCAAGAUUAUUUGUCCACAGUCGAGAGACAAGAGAAUGGUUAAGUAAGACGACAUCAGAAUAGACGGUGACGCGAGGGCGUGAUUCCUUCACCAACCGGAAAG